AUGGCUACUAGUACUAUGACACUGCGCAAGUCGCCCGAGGUGCAGGAGGACGAGUCCGUCCCCAGCCUGAAAACCCUCAAGGAUGCGAUUCCCAAGGACUGCUUCGAGUCGUCGGUCGUCACCUCGCUCCUCUACCUAGCGCGCGACAUCCUCUACUGCGCGGCGCUCACGUACGCCGCCUUUCAGAUCCACCUGCUGCCCUGGCUGUCCCUGCGCGUGGCCGCCUGGACCGCAUACGGCUUCCUCCAGGGCUGCGUGGGCACCGGGCUGUGGAUUCUGGCGCAUGAGUGCGGCCAUGGCGCCUUCUCGCGCUACCAGGGCUUCAACGACUUCGUCGGCUGGGCCACGCACUCGUUCCUGAUGGUGCCGUAUUUCUCGUGGAAGUUCACCCAUGCGCGCCACCACCGCUACACCGGCCACAUGGAGAAGGACACGGUGUUUGUGCCGUGGACGGACGACCAGCUGGCGCAGAAGAAGAACGUGCGCCUCGAGCAGCUCAAGCACCUCGCCGAGGAGACCCCCAUCGUCUCGUUCGUCCAGCUCGUCGCCCACCAGCUCUUCGGCUGGCAGCUGUAUCUGCUGGUCAACGUCACCGCCGGCGCGAAGAGCUGCCCCGACGGCUCCGCCGAGGUGUGGCCCGCCAGUCACUUCAACCCGUUCAGCCGCCUCUUCACCUCGUCGCAGUGGAUCUAUAUCGCUCUGUCGGACCUGGGCCUCGCCAUCAUGGGCGCCGUGCUGUACUACGCCGCCACGCAGAUCGGCGCGUGGAACGUCGUGCUGCUGUAUGUUGUGCCGUAUUUCUGGGUGCACCAUUGGCUGAUUGCCAUUACCUACUUGCAACACACCCACCCCGCGGUGCCGCACUACACCGCCGAGACCUGGACAUACACCAAGGGCGCCCUGGCGACCAUCGACCGCACCACCGGCUUCAUCGGCCGCCACUUCUUCCACGAGAUCAUCGACUACCACGUCGUGCACCACCUGUUCAGCCGCAUCCCGUUCUACAAGGCCGAGCGCGCCACUAAGGCCAUCCAGCCGCUGCUGGGCGAGAACUACCACGAGCAGAAGGACGAGAGCUUCCUGUACUCGCUGAUGAUGACGUUCCGCAAGUGCAUCUAUGUCUCGGACAAGGGACGCGGCAUGCCCGGCGUCCUGCAUUUUGUUCGCGCGGAAGAGAGCCAAUAG